AUGUCUCCUGCAAUGUCGCCUGUUAUGUCGCCAGUCAUCAACGACGAUGAACCGCUGUCUCCGCGUUGGGCCAAUGAGCGCAAGCUGUCAGCCGUCUUCAAACGUCACUACUCCGAACCCCUGCAGCAAGACGAAAAGCCUAUCAAUGCCAUUUCAGUUGAGGCUUCACUGUCGCCUCCGCCAUCUGAAAACCAGCCACUAAAGUGCUUGUGGUGCUCUGAACAUUUUGAGACGCCCGAAAAUGGUGUCAAUUCUGCGCAUGAUGCAUUGGACAAGCACCUUGCUUCCGCACAUCCCCAGAUCACCAAUCUAUCAUCAUUUGAUGGAGUCAAUGAUGAUGUUGUGGAUGAAGCAAUCGAAGCUGAUGACGAAGUCAACGACAAUGAAAGCACACCCGACCCAAAAAAUUCCAUUUUCCCUACCGCCACCACAACCGAUGUUGAUGAGCUCACUCCAGAAGCUGAUAGUCGCAUCUCUGAGACUAUCCUCGAGACCGAUGCUACUAUGGCUACUCAAAGUAAACUCCAUGGUAUCUCUCGCCAGCAAGCCCAUGCCUUGACAGAGCGUCGUCUUGCUUCUUACUGGAACAUACACGACGCAUGUAAAUUCAGUAAAGACUACGAUGACGAAGUCGCAAACCUAGAACAAAUGUGGUAUCAUAUCUACCAUACUCAAUCAAAAGCUGCAAAUAAGAAUGGCGCGAACAAUAUACCACCUCGUCCCAAUCCCUACUUGGACAGCAAAACUGAGAAGGGAGAAUUCUUGAAAAUUACCCCCGUUGAAGACUACAUGGGAUCGCUUAGGAAUUUUGAGGCAAUGUCUACCGAUGAACUUCACACUGUGGCUGCCAACGUCGCUCAUGCGCUCAAGGCGUGGCAAGAUGAAUGGAUUGCUAUCGACGAGCUCGGCAAGAGGGCUAACGGACGGACUACGAAAAAGUCGGCGAACCCACGCGCACCUGAAGCUCCUGAGGUCUUUCGAGACAAAAAAGAGGCCCAACUAUAUGGGUAUAAGUAUGAUCCUACCAUUCACGACCCUAAGAAGCAGGACCCAAAGAGGGAUUCUCUAUUCAGAUGUCAGGACCCGUUUACACAAGGCGGCUUCAGACCUACAGCCGCACAGCUGCGUAAAAUGCAAGUCGAGGCUGGCAAACAGAACCCAAAUCCCGACGGAUUCAAACCCAUGCACAAAUUUGGGCAGGAAUUCGUUCCUCGAUUUCAAGAUCCGCCGGCGAAUCCUUUUGAUGGUGGGAUGUCCACAAACAGAAAACGCAAAGUUCCUCAGAGUGAGGUUGCCGCGCUCAAGCAAAUGAGUGGAAAUGAUAGCGCUACACCCGCAAUUGAGUCCGACAUUGAAGGGCGACGUCUUAAACGUGUCACACGGUCUAUCGCGGUCAAAGCCAUUGACUCUCCUCAAGUGAAAACUGCCCCACCGAGUCCAGGACCACGAGGUCGAGGUCGCGGUGGGCGACCUGCCCGAGGUCGUGGCGGCAUCUCCAGAGCCUCGUAUGCCAUCCAGAACAACGCACAUAUCACCUCUCCAGGUACUUCUGUGGAUUUCCAACCUGGAGACAUCAUACCUAAGCAUUUGGAGGCCAGCUCUACUCCUUCACGUGCUAAUACUAUGACGCCUCCAUUUGAAACCCCAACGCCCAGUCAACACUUGCAGGCUGGUGGCCUUGGACCAGCAGCCAUAGCUCCAGCUCCGAAACCCGCUCUGGCUCCGGCAACUCCUGGGGCACCUCCAGCAAUGGCAGCUCUUCCCCCGAACCUCGUUCAGCCUGGCGAGGUCGUGGAUACUGAUGAACUGAACCGGCGCAAGCUGCUCGCGAAAUCUAAGAAUCCACGCAGAACUCAAGCUAUGUUGGAUCACUGGAAGCGCUUCAAUAAGGAGGGGCGUACCCGCAACCCGAAGCGGACGAAGGCUCAAAUUGAGGCAGACAGGCGUGCAGAAGCGGAACGUAAGAGUACCGAACCUCCGAGAGACGUACCCAAACCUCGCAAGCGGAAAUCCGCAAGCAACAUGAGCACCAACGGCCCAGUUUCCAAACAACCCAGGACAAACACGUCUGCGGUGCCAACACUGUCAAUUCACCCGGCACCCAUUCAGCCAGCAGUUGCUCCUGCACAGUCUACCGGUCCAGCCUCAUCAACCAUGAACCUUCCAAGCUUCCCGCCGUCUGCUGCGCCGCCUACGCCACAGUCUCCUCAGCGAAUUCAUCUUUCUCAACCUUCCCAACCUUCAGCUUCUCAACCGCCCCUGCCGGGGUUAUCUCUUCCACCGGUCCACUCAGCUUUCGAUAGAAACAUGAACCACCCUUCUUGGAAUGUCCCACCAUCAGGCUACUUUCCUUAUUCCCGUGGUCUUGGAUUUCCUCCUCCAUAUCAGUUUCCGCCUAGACUACCACACCAUCGCCACGAGCCUGCUCCUCCACCCGAGCCCGUACAUUUGAAGCCGACAUAUCCAUAUGAACCUCCUCGUAUGCCUCCGCAUACUCAGAACGGGCCACAUAUACCACAACCUCAGACCGAGAGACGCUAG